UCAAAGUUGAGCAGUGUCAACGUGAUGCGUCUACAUACUCCCACAUACUACUUGACAGCUCCAUAACAUAGCGCUCGCCGGAGCGGCUCUUACCGCCCUUUGACUGUUCCACUCGGAAGUUCGCCUGUUCGGAGAAGAGAUGACUUCUCAAGAGACCUUUAACGACAUGGGGUGCAGUUCGUCCGAGGAGGACAGUAACCGUGCAGACUUGGCAGAGGGGACGGCGGAGGAAAAGACAUCUCCGGUGGUGCCGCGGCAUCAUCCGUUCAGCGUGGAGGCGCUCAUGUCCGGGAGGAAGACGGACUGUCGCGGCGGAGAGUCCAUUCGCUGUAAACCGGAGCGAGGCUCGGUGGCGGUGUCUCCUACAGGUUUAAACUCCCUGUAUCUGUAUCGAGAGACGUGUAGUCCUCCAGGUGGAAGCCGAAAGAGCUUCACGGCUGUGCCUUUGUCGCCGGUAAAAUCCGAGGCAUCAGAGUCAGAGGACUGCGUACCCUGGGUCACUAACAGCGCGUUUUCCACACAGCCUCGUCAUGUCAGUCCUGGCUGUCCGUUGAGGAAACACAAGACCAACCGAAAGCCCCGCACUCCCUUCACCACGUCUCAGCUCCUGGCCCUGGAGAGGAAGUUCAGGCAGAAGCAGUACCUGUCCAUCGCCGAGCGGGCCGAGUUCUCCUCCUCCUUGACCCUGACAGAGACCCAGGUGAAGAUCUGGUUCCAGAAUCGCCGGGCAAAAGCCAAGAGGCUCCAGGAGGCUGAGCUGGAGAAAUUCAAGAUGGCCUCAGACGCUAAGACGGCGGCGGUGGCAGCCGCUGGAGGUUUACACCACGGCUUUACAUUACCGCUGUCGCUGGGCGCCAUGUCACUCUAUGGACAGUCGUACGCUGCGUAUCACCACCACCACAGACACAUACUGCCCUUUUCACCUGUAGGAAUGUACGCUACUCCUCUGGGCUACAGCAUGUACCACUUAUCAUAAAAAAAUGGAAAUAUCACUGACUUUGGUUUCAGUGUUCCAAAAAAAUGGACACAGAGGACGUGUGGCUGACAUUUUAAAAAUCAAUGUUUAUAAUAUAUCUACGGCACAAGGAGUGUUUGAAUCAACUUUCUCAGCACUUCAAAUCAAAUAAAAAAAAAAAUCUAUCUUUUCCCACAGCGAGGAUAACAAAAAAAAAACCGUAGAUGUCCUCUUGCCCCUUUGGACUGCCUGUUUACAUGACUUGUCUAUAUGAGGAGGGGCGUUACUGUCCAGCUGUUUAUACUCUUCACUUGUUUACUUUUGCAAUAAUUGAGCUGGGCGAGGACUUGCACUGGGCACAAUAAUACAAAACAACUUUUCACUUAAGCCUUUCUCUUGAUUCGAUACAGUGCCUUGUGUUGAAAAGGGCCUUCAUAUCAAGACAUGUAUGGAUGAUAAGUGUUUCAGCAACUCAGGCCAAAUAAAACAUAUCACUGAAGCAUUAUUUUAAUUCUACAAAAGUGUCUGCCUUAAAAAACUGCUCUCCUUUUCAAUUUCGAAAAAUUUGGGUGGGAGGAUGUGACAGGAAGGUUUCACCCUCAAAUUAUUCAUCCCAAUGAAAACUUUACACUAAUCUUUUUCGUCUUUUAUCUCUCGUAGCAAUAAAAACUAUUUACUACUCAUUUAUAGAGCGUAGACAUAUUCUCUUUGAAAGAAUUAUGCUGGAAAUGUAUGAAUGUCUCAUGUUGUGUAUAUUUAUGUGAGAAUAUGGUACAAAAGUUCUGACCAAAAGUGUAUUUAUAUUGUUCUUCCUGAAAGUCCCUUUGAAAGGGCAUACAUUUUGCUAUGCAGUUUUUGUUGUUUUAUUAUUCAAAUGAACAAAUCAAUUAAAGCCUUUCAGACUGUUUCCUUUAAAUACAUUUUAUGU